GUGGGCAUGGCGUGUAGGACCGACUGGGCUCCUCUCCAAGCUCAUCCACCUCAGAAAUCCUGGUUCACUGGCCAGGUGAGUCAAUGGUUGCUAUUGCCGGAUCGUCAAGGUAACGUAUAUGUACACAGUUUGGGGCUUCCGAACGCUGAUAUGUCUCGCAGGCUAUAAUGUCUGGAGGCUGUCCCUCCGAUGAUUAAUCUUUGUGACUUGGCAUCGCCGCACAGAGAACCGAUAUCAUUUAGGCAAAUGUCAGUUCAGCCAUUGGCCAUAUUCCAGUCAAGAGGAUCGACAUGCCUGAGACGGCGUGAUAUGGGCAGUAAGUAUCAAGGCAGUAUGAUUUUGAACAUGUGUUUUGAUCUCGCCGGCCUGGAUUCUUCUCCUCAACCAUGAAUAGCACACCGAGCGAUUAAUCCAAGAUGCAGACAUUUCCUUUGAUUAUCGGACUAUUCGUAGCAGGACUUACGAACGCUUUUCAGGAAAACAUCGAAAAGGCGACGAGCUGCUCACGGAGCCCUCUGGUUCGCGAGGCCCAACUCGUUUGCUCAGCGCCCCAAGCCAAGCGUCAACGCCAAACCAGCUUCAAAGAUGACACUCCGGGCCUAUGGAAGAAAUCUGACCAACGAUAUCAGCCUCCAAGCGACUAUAAGCUUCCACCUUCCUGGAAGGGGCCGGAGAAGUGCUUCCAAGAAUUUUGCCUUUUCUCAAACCCAAACUUUGGCGAGGGCAUGUCCCUCAUCACGACAAGCCGCAUCGCCUAUCUCGCUUCCAAGGCCCCAGUUACUUCCAUUUCAGGUCUUCAACCGACGGCGUACUACGAGGCCGAGGUGCCCGGAAAAGGGGCUGGGCUGUUUGCCAAUCGGACCAUCCACAGAGGCGAGAUCAUCUUCCAGCGUCAUCCAGUCCUCGCGAUACAGUCCACUCCGCACCUCGACCUAGACCCCAGAGUGCGAGAAGAGUUGUAUCAAGCUGCCAUUGACCGGCUGCCCCAGGAAACUCGAGCUCGUUUCCUACGGCAAGUGGGCACUACCAUGUACGACAAGGCCGAGAAGAACGCUUUCCGCAUCUUUCUCGACGGCAGCCGCAAGCACUCCCCUCACUUGGGACUGUUUCCCGAGGUGAGCAAAAUCAAUCAUGACUGCCGGCCCAACAUCCACUACCGCAUCACCGACUUCACCCACACCACCGUCGCGGUGCGAGACAUCCACCCGGGCGAGGAACUCACCGUCAGCUACAUCUACGGCAAGACGCUGCAUGCCGACCGCCAGAAACAGCUCCACGAAUGGGGCUUCAACUGCACCUGCAGCCAGUGCACCCUGCCCCCGCUCGAGAUCGGCGCCUCAGACAACCGCAUCCGCCAGAUCAAGGCCCUCGAGAACGAGAUCGAGACGCUCAUGGCCCACCCGGGGGGUAAAGGCGUCAAGCCCGAGAUGGGCGGCAAGCUGGUCGAGCUGUACGUGGCAGAGAGGCUCGACGCGUACCUCGCGCCGACGUACACGCGGGCGGCGCUCCUCUACUCCAUGUUUGGCAGCGAGGAGAGGGCGAGGGUGUUCGCGACGGAGGCGAUGGCCGCGCUGGAGAGGGAGGUCGGCCCGCAGGCCAAGGAUAUCGAGUCGAUGAGGCGGUUGGCUGAAGAUCCUAAGGGGCAUUGGUCUUGGGGGAUCAAGGUUACGAGCGGGACGGGUGCCAGUGAGGUGGGGAGGAAUGAAACUCGUCGGAGCGGGAAGUAAGUUGACCGUUUGUGAGAGCGCUAGCGAGAAUGGGUUUUGGAAGAGGGCGAGAGCUGUUCAAUAUUUGUCGUUUCAUGGCCAUCAUCAUUCUCAUUGCCGCCUAUGCUGCAACCCAUCAGUGCAUAGGCACAUGUGGCACGCAAACUCAGCGGAUGCCAAUGGUAAGGGAGUAUUAAUCUUGUGAAUUCGCGGUUGUGAUUCUGUGUUAGUGAUG